GUUUCAAUGAAAGAGGGGGAGAAGAGCAAUGCAGAGGGAUGUAAGAUGGCAGAGCUACAAAUGUUGUUAGAGGAAGAAAUCCCGGCUGGAAAAAGAGCCCUUGUGGAGAGCUACCAAAACCUUUCAAGGGUCGCGGAAUAUUGCGAGAACAAUUAUGUCCAGGCACAAGACAAGAGGAAAGCCCUCGAGGAGACCAAAGCCUACACUACCCAGUCCCUGGCGAGCGUGGCCUAUCAGAUCAAUGCCUUAGCCAACAAUGUGCUGCAGCUGUUGGAUAUUCAGGCUUCACAGCUGCGCAGGAUGGAGUCCUCCAUCAACCAUAUCUCUCAGACUGUGGACAUUCAUAAAGAAAAAGUUGCCAGACGAGAGAUCGGGAUCCUCACCACCAACAAAAACACAUCUCGAACCCACAAAAUCAUCGCCCCCGGAAACAUGGAGCGGCCCGUGCGCUACAUCAGGAAACCCAUAGAUUACACCCUGCUGGAUGAUGUGGGUCACGGUGUUAAAUGGCUUAAAGCAAAGCAAGGGAAUAACCAGCCAGCUCGGGGAGGUGGAGGAACAUUAUCCAGGACUAACCCACCCACACAGAAGCCCCCAAGCCCACCCAUGGCAGGGAGAGGUACCCUGGGACGAAACACACCGUAUAAGACGCUCGAGCCAGUCAAACCUCCUGUGGUGCCUAAUGACUACAUGACCAGUCCAGCACGUCUGGGCAGCCAGAACAGCCCAGGACGCACUGCCUCGCUCAAUCAGAGACCCCGAACGCACAGUGGCAGUAGUGGGGGCAGUGGCGGUCGAGAGAACAGCAGUAAUAGUAUGGGAAUCCCUCUGGCUGUGCCGACACCCUCCCCUCCCAGUAUGGCACCAGGGGUUCCUCCAGGUCCAGGUUUGGGUCCGAUCCCGAUGUCUCAGUUUGGAACAAUCUCCCGGCAGAUCUCCAGACACAAUUCCUCCACCACUUCUUCCUCCGCCUCGAUGGUGUCAGCCACCGGCACCUACCGGCGCGCCCCUGCCAGCUCCUCCCAGUUCUCUGUGCCUCAACCCCAUCUGAACGGGGGUCCCACAUACCCCCAGAACACAAUGUCUGUCGCUCCACCACCUCCUCCCAUGGUGCAGCUGACGCCCCAGAUUCCUCUCACUGGCUUUGUGGCCAGAGUUCAGGAGAACAUAACAGACAGCCCGUCUCCACCCCCUCCUCCUCUACCUGAGGACACGCUCAUGUUUGAGGAAGCAGCUCCGCCCCCUCCACCUCCACCUGUGGAUUAUGAUGAAGAAGACACAGCUCUGGUGCACUACAAUGACCCCUAUGCGGAUGGAGAACCGCACUGGGCCCCAAAAUCCUACUUGGAGAAGGUGGUGGCCAUCUAUGACUACACAAAGGACAAAGAUGAUGAGCUGUCCUUCAUGGAGGGCGCCAUCAUCUACAUCAUCAAGAAAAAUGAUGAUGGCUGGUUCGAGGGCUUGUGUAAUGGUGUGACCGGACUGUUUCCUGGCAACUACGUUGAAUCCAUCAUGCACUACGCUGACUAAUGUUAAAUCCCAGAGACAUCAGACAAUGCAGCCAAUCAGUUACAAACCAUCGCAAAGUGCAUUAGGAUAUGAC